AAAAAAAAAAAAUCAAAAUUCAUCCCCUCCUUUCCACUCCACCCGUUCCCUAUCCUAUCAAUCCUUCCUGCAAAACGGACCCUCAAGUAAUUGUACAAAAGGUGAAGAGACCAAGUGCAACCCAUACUUAUCAAAAUAUAUAUAUAUUGCAACCCAGGUCAUUAUUUCACCGUUGACCUCAUAUCUGGGAUGCCCUCUUCACCAUUCGAUUGAGUACCAUGUGUAUGCCCCAGAAGUGCAUACCACCCUAGACUUUUCCCAUUACUUCCAUGUGAAAUCGGAAUUCGAAGGGUUUUGAAAUUGGCGUUCCACCUGCAAAACUUGUCUGCAGCCACCAAAGUAGCGCAACAAAAGGCAAGUGAAAGAAAAGGGGCAAAACGGUGGCCAAAGAAGAAGAAACGACAACAACUGAAACAAAGACAGGGACAGAGAUUAGUGAACAACAGGAGAUGAAGCCAUGGGAGCAGCAUGGGGGAGUCAUAAUCAUACCUCGUUUUGACUACAACGCGCCUUCUUCCCUUCUCCAACACUCCCACUCCGGUUUUCUUCUCACCUGCACCAUCAAGAGGGAGAAAAGCGCUACAAAAGAAGCAAUGUCCAUCCUUGGGAAGUUUGUUGCGUCUGUAACUACUCGCACUAAAGAAGGUUCAGAUAGCUCUGAUGAAAAUUCUACUUCUAAGAGAAGGAAAACAUGCACGGAUGAUGUAGAUGGUGAACACAUCAAUGGUGAAGAAAGCAACGAUGCUGAUAACUCUGAGGACAAACCUGGGAAUCGUUCGGGAGAGUUUCCUUUAUCCUCAGCAAAGAUUGAUACAAUGGAAGAGAGAAAUUCUGUUCUUUCUCUAGUUAAGCUGACGAGGAGUGGCUUGCUUCUCUUUACCUUCACCAGAGGCACCUCUUUUGACACUGUCAAUAUUGUAUCAGAGAUUUUUCAGUCGCUGGAAUCUGCAGGUUCUAGUUCACCCCAGUGGUGUCACCGCAUCUUUCCCAUCCAAGCUACUUGUACUUUGAAUGAAAACGAACUACGCGUAGUUGUAUCACGGCUUGUUCUUGAGUUCGUGAAUGAUAAACAAAACAAGCUUGCACGGCCUUUAAAGUUCGCAGUUGGAUACAACAGACGAGGAAUCGAAGAGACUGAGAUGAAGGUCACUAAAGGUACAUCACCUGCUUCAAAUUUGUUGGACCGGAACAGCUGCUUUUCGACCGUGGCUGCCGCAGUUAAAGAUGUUGUGCCAGAUUCCAUAGUGGACCUUAAAUCUCCAGAGCUUUCGGUACUUGUUGAGUUACUACCCCUCUCUGGGGUACCGAAUGGGUCGUUGGUAGUUGCUGUAUCAGUUCUCCCACAAAAUCUAGUCAGCACAAAGCCACGAUUGUGUGUCAAGGCACUGAUUUCAAAUGUCAAAGCAAAGGGCGGGAAGCAUUAAAGGCGGGAUUAACCGAUAUGUUUGGGGUAUGUUUGCAGUAAUAAAAAGAUGCUCGAAGAGUUAUUGUGAAAGUGGGAAUCCGAAUCUCGUCAGUCGACAAUUUUGUUUUCCAAAGUCGCUUGUAUUCAGUCGUUACAUUUAGUUGGGAGAUGGAUAAAACUAACCUUUGACAUAACUGUUAUACUUUUUUGUUUUUGAAGUACAAUAACUGUAUAUAAUAAAUUGAUAUCAGCAAUAACCUUAAAGGGGGGUUUGGUAUAAGGUAAUCUUAGAUGUGAGAAUGAAAAUCUGUCAGAUUCUCAUGUUUAGUACAAUUAUUAGGGGGCGUUUGGUAUGAGGUAAUCUUUGAGUGGGAAUGAGAAUCUUCUCACAUUACUAUGUUUAGUACAAGAGUUCUAAUUUUUAUAUUCCCAAGAAUAUCAAUCCCAUGGGAUUCAUUUUACCCGAAAAUGGGAUAAUUUGA